AUGUACAUCGAGACGUCCAGUCCCCAGCAGCCAGGAGACGUCGCACGACUGAUCAGCCCAAGUUUGUCUAACAGCAUAAGGUGUUUAGAGUUCUGGUACCACAUGUAUGGAGAUUCUACAGAGGAACUCAGAGUCUACCAGAGAUUCACAGGCAGCGCCGAACUCGGAACUCCAAUAUGGUCACAGACAGGGGACCAGGGAGACGUCUGGUUACAGGCUACAGUGGAUCUUGUGACAGUCAACAACUUCUACGUUGUGUUUGAAGGCGUGCGAGGUACGAGCUACCAUGGUGACAUCGCCAUAGAUGACGCCAGUUUCAGGACAACAUCUUGUGGCGCUGUACCGGAGCAAUCUUCACAGAGUGGCUCAACGAAGCUGGUGCCAACUGCAUCGAAAACUUCGACAACCGACAUUACUACAGCAACGUAUAAUACAGCGCAAGAGAGCACCACAGAUGGUGCUAAAACGUCUGAGGCUACAACGAAGCCAGCGCCAACUUCAUCGGAACCUCUGACAACAACGCAUGAGAGCACAACAGAGGUUGCUACAACGUCUGAGGCUACAACUCAGAAGCCAGCGCCAACUGCAUCGGAACCUCUGACAACAACGCAAAACAGCACCACAGAGGUUGCUACAGCGUCUGAGGCUACAACGAAGCCAGCGCCAACUGCAUCGGAACCUCUGACAACAACGCAAGACAGCACCACAGAGGUUGGUACAACGUCUGAGGCUACAACGAAGCCAGCGCCAACUGCAUCGGAACCUCUGACAACAACGCAAAACAGCACCACAGAGGUUGGUACAACGUCUAAGGCUACAACGAAGCCAGCGCUAACUGCAUCGGAACCUCUGACAACAACGCAAGACAGCACCACAGAGGUUGGCACAACGUCUGAGGCUACAACGAAGCCAGCGCCAACUGCAUCGGAACCUCUGACAACAACGCAAAACAGCACCACAGAUGUUGGUACAACGUCUGAGGCUACAACGAAGCCAGCGCCAACUGCAUCGGAACCUCUGACAACAACGCAAGACAGCACCACAGAGGUUGGUACAACGUCUGAGGCUACAACGAAGCCAGCGCCAACUGCAUCGGAACCUCUGACAACAACGCAAGACAGCACCACAGAGGUUGGUACAACGUCUGAGGCUACAACGAAGCCAGCGCCAACUGCAUCGGAACCUCUGACAACAACGCAAAACAGCACCACAGAGGUCGGUACAACGUCUGAGGCUACAACUUCCGUUUUCGCUGUAACAACUGUGGCAACGAAUACACAGCCCCCCACCACCUUUGAGACAGUCAUGGAUACAACGACUCAAGAAAUAGCAUUACGUCUGUGA